UGUAUUUUUACUUUGAGCCAUUUUCAGAACAGUUUUUGAGGCAGUUUAGUGGUGCUGGAAAAUAUAUAGCUGAAAAAUGCAUUGAAUGCCUGUGUGGUGGUGGGCCGUGGACUGUUGACAAUGGAUCAGGUACUGGAAUUCAAAUUUUGAAUUUGAAAUCCACUGGAGGGAAAGUGGAGCUGGAGACAGCUAUAUAUAUGGGAGCUUGGGACUUAUAGUUCAUAGACACAGCAAGUUCAGAAUCGAGGAAAGCUAGGUUCCCACUGAUCCUCGCCGUAGGUAGAAGAAGGCAUGGCAGCAACCCUUGGCAGCAGCACCUUUGCGAUGCUGGGUUCCUUCAGCCAUUGGACUGCAGGUGAAGCCUGGGAUGGAGAGGUACUUCUUGUAGUUUGUUUUAUCAAAUCUGUGGUGAUAUGUUGCGUUUUUCCAACUCCUGGUUGAUCCUAAGCAACUGUGGUUGAUACAAUUUUUCAGUUUACUGAACCGAAAAGCCGGAGCGUGGAGGUGGCGUCGGAUGAGGCAGGUGGUAAGCGGAAGCUGAUGUGCCUGGAUGACUCCAAAGCAGCACCGGCAUCCGGGUCACACCCCCAUGGUGGUGACUGUGGUGAGGUGAGACAGCAUCGCGAAUACAGAACCAGAGCUUGUUUUUUUUGCCUCCAAUGGUGGACACUAAUUACCUUUGAAUAUCCAACUGCAGAAGGGCAACGUCGUGUGCAAGUUGGAGGUGGAGGCCGAAGCCGGUGACGGAGAGGAGGAACAGGUCGGGGAUUACGAUCCGCUCGGUCCUGCCAUUGUCGGCGGAGCUGUGGACGCUCAGCUUGAGGAGGGAGAGAGCUCCGGCAUAUGGACUGAACCGAUUUGGUACUACGAGGAGGAUGACGAGGUCUCCAGCGCCAAGCGCGUCCGCCUGGACUAGAUUAGGACCCUGCAUGGCCUGAUUAAUGCCACUAGGGCUGCGUGUGUUGGUAAUGAUAGUUUUACCAGUUGGUUAAUUAGUGGUUACCAUGAGUCCACCAGUAGGCACUGUAUCCCGCAGUCCGCUGUUUUAUGCGAAUAAAUCUGUGCCAGUCGCUGAUAAUCAAGCGGAGAAGAUCUUUGUUUAUGUCUAAACGCGCUGGCGUGGUCUUUUUAAACAGCAAAAUCCAUGUGGUCCACCUCCCGUUGAAUGCAGCGCUAAACACAGGGAGAAACAUCCACUGGCCUUGUUUUCUAGCUGCUUUCCAUCUCUUUGGUUGCAGUGCUCGAACUGUACCAGGUGUGCUCAGAUGUACCGAUGUGCUGGGCCAAAACAAGGAAAAAGAGGGCUGUUACUGUAGCUUCCUGGAGCAUCCAAAAAGAUUUGUUUCUACCCCUAUCAGUGGUCGCCGGUGGGGCCCAUAAAAUGUGGGGUCGCCGAGAUCAUGUGGGCACUGGAAGCCAUUGUUGACGCCGAAGAAAAAUGGUGUGAGCAUAUGCCCCUGGUCACCGUUUUAAUUUGGUGGCACACUGGGUUUUAAUUCUGGAGAAACUUCUUAAUUGGGAAAAUUGUGGUGGGUUAGCGUUGGGCGGGAGAAUUCCCGCCAUAGCGGUGCAAAAAUCUGUGGUGGGUAGCUACAGGGGAUGCUAUAUUUACUGUCUAAGAGAUAUGGAAAAUCUACUUAGAUGCCACGUGUGACGGUGGAGGAAGGGAGGUGGUCUCUUUAAGUCAAGGAAUGGGCGUCUCCCACUGCGGGCUCGUGGAACAGUGGUUCACUACCUAGGUACCUGAGCUCGAGAGAGAGAAAGAAAGAACCCAGGAAGAAAAUCCAGGAGACGAAGUAGCUGGAUUCGUCGGAUUGAGGCCGAUGGACCAAACGGCUGCGACGCCGAAGGGGAGAAGGAAGAAGGGGAGGAGUCCGGAUGAGUUGCAGGCGUCGACUUCGACCAGAUCUACGCGGGCAUGGGGCGCAUCGACACCAAUGCUAGCUGCCGCUUCAUCUGCAAGGGAGAAGAAGCCGCCGACCACCCGCACCGGCUUCUCCGUCGCACCUGUCCUAGGGGUAGGUCCGAUCUACUAUCCAGUUGUGAAAGAAACUGGUUUGGCUAGCCUGUUGGCCACCAGGUUGGUAGGGCUUGUAGAUAGGAGGUUCUACGUCUCUUGCCUCAGUAAUCUUGACCCUGAAACUAUGGAUAUGAGUUUCAAGGACGGCGAGGUGCGGCGUGUAACUAAGGAAGAAAUAGUUAGGGUUCUAGGUGUACGGUCUGGGGGAAGGACCAUACACGGUCGUAAGUCUAGGCUUAGCUCGAAGAUGCGGGGUGCCCAGAUCGAGAAAAUCCAGGCGCUGCUGCAGAUGAAAGUUGACAGAUCUGCUGGUAUAAGCAUGGAUGAUCUGAAGAAGGUUUUCCAGAGCUGCGACGUGGCCUGCUUGACUCCAAGCCAGGUCGUCGCUGCUCAGGUUGCCUACACAUUGCUGGUGUGCAGCACAUACAUCGCACCGCGACAGGCAGUCCCGACAAUACCUGAAGAGAUUCUUGGGAUUGUGAUUUCGCCGGAGAAGCUGCAUGAGUACGACUGGGCUGGCUAUGUGCUGAGGCAGAUGCAGACGGCUGCAUCGCGGCUGAAGAUGGACAAGGAUACACAUUCACCCAUAUACGUCCUAGGUGCAUGCCCACUAGCAGCUGCGUUGUUCUGCAUCGAAUGGAUUGAUUUUGGUGAUGCUGGGCUUGACACAACCAUGGCGCCGAAAAUCGCAGUUUACACAACGGAGAAGCUGAAAGAACUGAUUAAUCUGGUGAUGGAGGACGGUGUCGGUGGUGAAGUGAAAUACAAGACUAAGCCGAUUACUGCCAGGCAGGGAGAAGUACUGCGAAUGCACCCUCUUAUUGAAAAUGGAGGGAUAGGUGUGAGGAAAGAGGAUGAGAAAACCUUCAGAAAUCUGAAUAAGGAAGAGGGCGUUGCGAAGGUACGAUCACUGGUUGACGGCUCAGUAAUUCCUCUCAUCCGAAAUGCUGUUGCGCGGGUUGCAUCUGAGCUUGCAAUCCCUGGAGAGAUGAAUCACGUGUUGGUAGACGAGAUAUUCAGAGGUGUGGAGAGUGCCAGGGAUGCACUAGCUACUAUAUUUGCAGAUGCCCUCUUCGAGGGAGAAGAGUCGGUUGGAGCAGGAGUGUUUGAUGGGCGGGCAGCUGCUACAUCGGGUGAUUUGCAAAGUGGAGCAGAAACACAUCCUAAGAUGGUCAGAGGUGAUGAUGUUGACGAACAAUGGGGGAAAGGGUGUAUGGUCAUGGUGGUAUGUAAUGAUCCAGUUGACAUGUCCGAACCAAUGGUGCCGUCGGACGACGAGGUGAUGGGGGAGGAAAAUGAUUUACCCCGUGCUAGCACACCGUUAGUGGCAGAAGAUACCGGAGACAGCUGGAGAUAUGGAGAAGGUUUGACGUCUGCAACUCGCCGUGCGUCCACCGAAGACCGUGGGAAGGGACCUAUGGUGUUUGAGAGCAGCGAAAACAUCAUAUGCCUCGGUGGCGUCAGAAAUAUGAAUGAUCGGUGUAGAGGAGACGAGGAGCUAGCAAGACAGCUACAGAAGGAACUUGAUGGAGAAGCUGAUGCUUGCAUGCGCCGUGAUGAAAAUCUUGCGAGGAUGAUAUCUGAGAUGGAGGCGAAUAAUGAGAAAAUAACCGAAGAAAUAAUUAGUUCGUUAAUUGGUGACACGGCAUCCGGUCAGCAUGACAAGACGAUGGAUGUUCAACCAGUGGAAGCAGCAGGUACUGAUGCACGUGACCGUGUGGAGCAUGUAAACAUGGUUGACUUGACACCAAGUGCUUCAGCGAUUGACGGAGCGCCAGUGUGUGCGGCAGGGGACCCAAAUGCUGGUGCAGGAGUUCUCCCCCAGCUUGUUCCGGUUCAGCACUAUGUGCGCAGGCGCAGGAAGCAAAAGGCAAACCGUGUGAUGCCGCCGAAAAAGAGGGUUCGCUUCGAAGAAGGGUUGAACAUAUGGCAUGAUCCAUCCAGGGAUUCGGAUGAUUCUGACGCAGAGUACCCAGCUGGAUUGGAAGCAGGGGAUGCCGGCGGUGCGGUGGUCGGUAGUUCUUCUGCUUGUGCGGAAGCUGUUGCAGGAGGCAGUGAGGAAGCUGUUUUGCCAGCGGAAAUGACAGGUGGAAGGGGUGCCAGACCGGCUAGCGCAUCACCUGAGGGGCCUGAAGUCGUCGAGAGAGCGGAGGAUGGUGCUGCUGAUGGACAACCUGCGGGUUGCGGCAAUGUAGGACUACCAGAUGGUGGAAUUUCAGGUCAGGACGCAAGCGAGCAUUUCCCAGCUGGUGUUGCAAUUGAGAAUUUUGGACCUACAGCUGCAGAUGUUGAAGAAACACCGGGUGUUGUCGGUGGGCGGGGUGCGGUUCGCAGCGGUGACACUAGGCCGGUAUUUGUCGACUUGGGUGGCAGUGGUUCAUCCGCUCGGGGUGGAGCAUCGCGCUACAGCGUUGGGGGGCCAUCAGUUUCUGUUACAGGAUUUGAAUUCGCGGUUCCUGAUGGAGUUCGUGUAAAGACUGAAAUUGGAGAGAACUUUCCUGCAACAUAUGGGCUGAGUCACGAGGAGCCACUUGGAAGCCUAGUCCUGAAGUUUGUUGACAAUAUGAUGUCGUGCAGUGAAAGGGAGCUAGACAGGAAAUGGUUCAAACACCGUGUACCUACAACGAUCCAUCUGACAGGCUGGGACUUCAAGAUUGAUUUUGGCCCAGGUGGCAAGAUUACAUUUGUUGGGUGGUCAGCGGUGCACAGGCUUCUGAAGGUGCUGGAAUUCAAGGUGUAUGGAUAUUCUGCAGCUCGCUGGCGCCACAUCUUCGACCCGAGAUUUGCGAAACAUCUGAUGGGGGUUGAUACAAGGUAUAUAGACUACGCAUUCAUGAGGAGCAUGAUGACGUCUGAUGAAAUAGGAUACAAAUUAGAGAAUGUGAAGAAGCUGAUGAUGCCGCUGGAAGUGCUUCAGAGCUGGUCGCUGUAUGUGUUUGAUCCAGAAAGCAAGCACAUGUUGGUGAUGGAUCCUACGACGACAUUCUAUGGAGAAGAGGUGAUGCGUGAGAAGCACGAGGCAAUAGCAAAAAAAACACUUUUCGGGCUGGUUCGUUGCAUCAACGAGAACAUACCAGAUUGGGAGGUAAAUGCAAGCAACUGGCAAAUCAAGUACCAUGCAGGCGCACACUUCAACUGCAGCAGUGAACAAAGCGGAGUGUACAUCGUACACUACAUUCGAGAGUUCAACGGGCUGUAUCUGAGGUCAAUCCUAAGUGAUGAGCGGAUAGAGUACCUUCGCAAGACCAUGGCAUACCAGCUUGCCACUAUGAAGGGGAAUGCUGGAGACCUUCCUGACUUCAUGAUCCAGAUUGUCAUCUAGUCGAUCCGGAUGACCUUAGCUAUUGCCUUCAGGCCUAUGUGAAGUUAAAUUAUGUCAGUGUUAGACUAAGAACUUAAUCGGUUUGUAAGCACACUAAGCCGAAGUUGCAUAUCGGGGGUUGCGGGCGGGUUCGCUUUGUGGGAUGGCAUUGAGGGUCCCCGGACUAGGAUCACAUUUUGGUUUGUUCGGGGGUCCGGUUCCACGGCGUUUAGGAGUAGCCAGGUUUGGUUAGCUGAUAAGGAAGAUGCCAUGUGUAUGCGGCAGGGCUUGGGUAGUUCCCGUGUGGAGCUACAUUUUGGUGUUUUGGUUGAUGUCAGUCAUGUGGCCAACAACGAAAAGAAAUGUUUGUGGACAUUCGGGUUUAAUCUUGUUUUUUCGAUGAUGUAAACCAACUUUGCUGCUCCCAAUGAACGGAGCCCUUAUUGUUGAUGAUGGCGCCUGGAUUA